CAUGAGUGGAGGGAAGGAGCUGGUGCUGGAAACCCUGAGACGGGCCACCAGUCAAGAGGCGGAGGUCUUCAAGCCAGCAGAACAACAGCUGCAGCUUUGGGAGACUGAGCCAGGCUUUUACUCUACUUUGGUGGAGAUUUUUUCCGAGUACAGCCUGGAGGUGAACGUGCGGUGGUUAGCUGUGCUCUACUUCAAGAAUGGGGUUGACAGAUACUGGAGAAAGACUGCACCCAAGGCCAUCUCAGAGGAGGAAAAGGGCCGUAUUCGGUGUGGCCUCCUGCACAACCUGAGGGAGCCAGUUUCCCAGGUGGCCAUCCAGUUGGCUGUCCUCAUUGCCAAAAUAGCCCGUGUGGACUGUCCCCGAGAGUGGCCGGAGCUUCUGCCCUCACUGAUCGAGGCCGUGAAGAGCAACGAUGACAUUGUGCGGCACCGCUCUCUGCUCACACUCCACCAUGUCAUCAAGCAGCUGGCGUCCAAGAGGCUCGCUGCCGACAGACGCACAUUUCAGGAACUUACAAACCAGAUGUUUUUGUUCUUGUUGGAGCUGUGGCGCCUCCAGACAGAAACUUUUCUGUCUGCUGGUGGGCAGGACAUGGAGAGGACUCUUCCCAGUCUGGAACUGUCACAUUUGACCCUCAAGAUUUUACGGAAGCUUGUCAUUCAUGGCUUCAAAAAGCCUGAGGAGAGUGAAGAUGCUAUUAUGUUUUUGAAAAGCAUAUUUGAACAAGUGAAGGUAAUGUUGACAUUUAGGAAACAAAAUGAAAGCAAUGACCAUGUCAAAACAGUUUCAGAGAAAUACAUUGUACUUUUGAUAAAGGUCUUGAGAGACAUGCUGGAAGACUACCCAUUUUCCUAUGUACAGUUCAUUAAGCCCACUUUGGAGCUGGCAGUGUUUUAUGUAUUUACUCCAAAUGGUGAUGGACUUCUUUUUGAAAGAUUCAUAGUGCAGUGUAUGAAUUUGAUCAAAGCCAUUCUGUUGUGUCCUGAAUACAAACCUUGUAAAGUUGUGGAAGACACCAAGAACCCCCAGACUCUGGAAGCCUUCAGAAUCAAAUCCAGCUUCUUCACUAACACAGUGCUGGCAGGAAUGUGUCACAAGCUCAUCUCACACCACUUCUUACUCACACCAGAAGAUCUGGAAGUGUGGGACUCAGACCCUGAGGGCUUCUGCAUAGAGGUGGAGGGUGGCGAGUCGUGGAAGUACAGCCUCCGGCCGUGUACCGAGACGCUGUUUGUGUCACUGUUCCACGAGUACCGUAGUGCCCUCACUGCUGUGCUGAUGGAGAUGGUGCAGUCCUCCCAUAACCCUGUGGACCCCAGUGACUUCAUGGGCAUCCUGCAGAAGGAUGCUGUGUACAAUGCUGUGGGUCUGGCAGCGUUUGAGCUCUUUGACGACAUAGACUUUGACCAGUGGUUCACGACUUUCCUCAUCAAUGAGCUCAAGGUUAAGGACUCCAACUAUCGCAUCAUACGCCGGCGAGUCAUCUGGCUCAUCGGACAGUGGACGCGGGUCAAGUUUUCCCCGGAGCACCGGCCGACGCUGUACGAGGCUUGCAUUCACCUGCUGGCCGCUGAGGAAGACUUUGUGGUGCGGCUCAGUGCGGCCAUGACCCUCAAGCACUCCAUGGACGAUUUUGAGUUUGAUUCGGAUCAGUUCAUGCCUUACCUGCCCACCAUCUUUGGCCUCCUCUUCAACCUUCUUAAAGAAGCUCAUGAGUGUGACACAAAGAUGCAGGUUCUGCAUGUGAUGUCCUUCAUGAUCGAGGUGGUGGCUGUGGGGAUCCAGCCCCACGUUGCCCCUCUGGCUCAGUAUCUGCCCGGCCUGUGGAGCGAGUCUGCUGACCAUAACAUGCUGAGGUGUGCCAUACUCACCACCUUGGUUCACAUAGUCACUUGGCUCAUGCAAGAAAGUGAACGACUGCACGAGUUUUUGAUCAACAUUAUCCGAGUGUCGACGGAUGUUGGGGAGGAUUGCCACGUGUAUUUGCUGGAGGAUGGAUUACAGCUGUGGCUCACCACACUUGAGAACACUGCUCAUCCACAUGAUGCUCUCCUUCGUCUCUAUGAGAACAUGAUGCCACUACUGGAACUCUCCACUGAAAACCUGAAACUGUGUCUGCAGAUCACCACAGCAUACACACUGCUCUGCCCUCAGCAGUUCCUGGCAUUGUAUGGCACACGCCUCAUCGAAACCUUCCGGUCCAUGCUGACUGACCUCAAGAAUGAUGGAAUAGUUCUGGUGCUGCGGUCAGUGGAGAUGAUCCUGCGGGUGCUGCCCACGGAGGGAGCCACGCUGCUCCAGCCACUGCUGCUGGCCAUGAUGAAGGUGGUGGCCGAGGGGGACAAGUACCCCAUGGUAAUGUCCAUGUACCUGUCAGUGGUGGCAAGACUUGUGCUGUAUGCUGAGCCCAUCUUCACCUGGAUUGUUAAUCAGGCUGCCACCAAUGAGAACACCACCCCUGAGGAGAUGUUGGAACACAUCACUAGUAUGUGGGCUGACAAAUUGGCCUUGGUGUCUUCUGAGGAGCGACGCAAACUGUGCGCCCUUGGCCUGGCUUACUUGUGUGGCUCUGGGUGGCCACCGGUCAUGAAGGUGUGGCCUGCAGCUAUCACCGCCAUUGUUGAGGUGGUGUAUGAUGUCACUGUGGAAGACUCUACUCAAGAUAAGCUGGUGAUCAAUGGUGGACGGAUGGCGUAUGUUGUACUGGGGACGGAACACACUAUGCGGCAGCAGGCAGUGGAGCAGCGUGAUCCUGUGUACACCACGUCCCUCAGGGAAUUCCUGGGCCAGCAGAUGAAGCGGCUGCAGGAGAGCACCAGUCCGGCAACCAUCAUGACGCUGGCCCAAGAUCUCGAAGAAGGCUGCCGCAAGGUUCUGGAGGAGGUGACGGUUCAGUGAUGCUUCUAUUCUUGGGCUGCAGUGUAAAAGAUUUAUUCCUUUUUGAUCCCUAAUGCUGCUGUGAUUAUUUCCAAACUUUACACGUAAGAAAGAAAUGUGCUUUGAAGUUAAGUUCCUUGAAUUGUUCUUCCAUUAAGAUCCAACCAACACUUACUUACUUACACAACCCCUUUCUUUGGUUUAUCAUGAAAGGGAACAAUGAAAGUUGGUCCUAAUUUUGAAUAUGAUAUUCAUAGUUGCACUAGAUAACACUGACAAAAAAUAUAGGUCAAUAGAUUUUGCUGCAUCUAUACUGAAAUUGUACAUGCAUAUAUGCAUAUAUAUAUAUAUAUUUAUAUAUAUAUAUAUUUACAAUAAAUAAACUACAUAACUAAAUUUUCUAUGUAUUCAAUUGACCACCAUGUAACGUAAGCUAGCCAAGAAAUAAACAUUUUUAGGAGAGUGAAGGCAAGUCUCACUCAGCAGCAGCCUAUUUGGCAAGUUCCUAAUUUUUGUUAUGUUAGUUUUUUUGAUCUAUGUAUAUGUAUGUGUGUAUUAGCACAUCUAAAGCAGGAAAGGAGCACAUGUUGAUUUACCUAAAAACAUAUGCAAUUAGACAUAAAUUGUACUGUACUUCUUAAUAUUAAUUUAACCUCUGACUCUGUAAAGAUUUGUGAGUUUCCAUUUAUUCUUUAGUUUUUGUAUUUUAAUGCAAAAUCAUUAUGUGAAUAUUGUCUGCAAGUGGCACUGGAUAUGCAGGUAAUAUGAUUUACCUUCUGUAUGAAAAUUAUGCAUAUUUUUUGAAGUUUAUGAAUAAAAUGAAAUUAUGGAGAUAUUA